AUGGACAAGUUUGAGAGCAUGUCGCCCGCUGUCAGGGAGAUGGCGCUGCAGAUGCCAGGUAUGGUGCCUCCAGCUGGCCUCAAGUCCAAUCUCGUCGAUCCACCCAACGGCAACAAGGGAGUGAUUGGGCUUCUCACUGUCUGCAUAGCAUUGACAGUAUCUUUUGCAUUCAUGCGCUUUUAUGCUAGAACAUUCAUCCAGAAGAAGUGGCAUCUUGAAGAUUACCUAGGGUUUGCUGCAUUGGGCCCCUAUGCUGGCGGUGUCUGGGUCGUCAUAUCUUGCAUCCACACGGGCGGUUUCUUGGUUCACCAGUGGAAUAUUCGUGUCCAAGAUCUCCUGGACAUCCUUUACAUUCUGCUUAUGCUGCGAAUUUCCUACGCACUGCAGAUGCUGCUAGCCAAGACUGCAAUCAUGCUAGAAUGGUCACGCAUAUUUGUUCCCCGUGGAACACGCAAUGCCUUUUAUUGGGUCAGCCGAGCCUUGAUCGUCAUCAAUGCGCUCGUGUACAUCAUUGGUGGCUCUGUCGCCGUAGCGGCCUGCAUCCCUGCUGAGAAGCUGUGGCACCCUUGGGUAAAGGGUCAUUGCUCCAGCCGUAGGGCUGCCGACAUAUCCACGGCGUGGUUUAAUCUAUUCAUGGAUGUUUCCAUCUUGCUUCUUCCGCAAUCCAUCAUCUGGAAGCUGCAAAUGACCAAAGCUCGCAAGAUUGGUAUUGCACUCAUUUUCUCAGUUGGUCUGCUUGUCGUUGCUUGUGCAAUUGGACGUACCUACUCCAAUAUGGCACUCGACUAUUCUGGAGAUACAGCAUACGACGCAUCUAUCAACACCAUCUGGGGCUUCUGCGAAAUGACUGGUGUGAUGAUAGUCUUUUACGCUCCAGCCAUUCCAAAGGUAUUCUCCGAGAAGGGUGUUUUCUCUAGAGUGGUAGUUUCUGUCCGCUCUUGGAAGCAGCUGUCAGGUGGUUCAUCGCUACAAGACAGCUACAAGAGCAGCGAGGGGAAGUCUUGGCCCCACGGAAAAUCAGAGGACUUCACAAGUGGUGCGAAGCAUCCUGCUUCUACAGACUCCGAGGUCGAGCUUGUAAGACCGGAGCGUGCCAGAGUGGGAAAUGGUAAAGUGGAUGAUGCGUAUCAGCUGGGGGGGACCAACCAGAUCCUAAAGGUAACACGCCUUGAGCACAAUGUGGCCGAGGCCUCCAAGCAGCACACGGGAGCGGCGCCAGAAUACCAAAAGGCUUGGGUGACGCACUCACGGGAGGGUGCCUAG